UUUAAUGCAACUAUAGGAUCGGGGCGAUCGGGAUCCAGAUAACCCGUUCGAGGUCGCUGUAUUGCGUUGGUUAUUUAUAGUUGUCACAGACGUCUAUAGUUUGACGCGACUAAUCUGACGCACAAACCCCACCCAAACAAUUUCUAUGCAUGUAUUUUUAAAUUCAAAUUUGAAAAUAACUGCCGAUAUAAUAAGAUUUCUAAUCGGUGUUCUUAUAUUUUAUUUUCGAGUUUUCCAACACUAAUUUAGAAUCAAAAUCAUCUGGCUGCGUUCUCCUGUGGAGUGGAAGAUCUUCGACAUGGAUCCUGCAAUAAUUGAGUUUAUUGGCGAAAAAGUCAUGAUCAGCAUUAUACCGAACUUUUCAAAUGAGCCACUGCAUAUGAUCUACGGUUCCGUUGGCCCUUUCCGUGCUGGUUUCCCUGUCUUCGUGCCCCUGUGGAUGGCGACGCAUCUGCGCAAGCAACAGAAAUGCCGGAUUGUGCCGCCGGAGUGGAUGGACAUGGACAUACUCGAGGAGAUCAAGGAGGAGGAGAAGCGCUCCAAAUUUUUCACCAAGAUGCCCUGCGAGCACUACAUGGUAGUGGCUCAAUUAGUAAUGUCAACAGCUCCGGAUGACGUUCCCAGAUGCGAGGAGCUACGCACCGUCAUCAAGGACAUUUUUGAUAUUCGCGAAUCCAAGCUGCGCACUUCCAUCGACGCUUUCAUCAAGGGCGAGGGAACCUAUGCCAAGCUGGACAACUUAACGCUCCUAGAAAUCCAUAGCGUGCGACCGAUCCUGCCCUACUCUCUGGACCACAUAGCGCGCUACCAGCGCAUGGCCACUGCCUCCCAGAGGGACACGUCCAUGCUCAGUAACUCCAUGAUGGGGUCCAGUUCGGUCCCCAAUAGCAACUCGCUUUUUUCUCAGUGAUUAGUAUUAUUAAAAAAAUUAUAUAUAUCACACGUAGUUAUAAGAAAAUCAUUUUUGCCAUUAAAAACAUUAAAAACUGCAAGCACAUAU